UUAUUAUGUAUUUGUAUUACCAUAGUGCCAAUGUACACACAGAUAUCUUUUAAAGCAAGUUUUAUGCCGAUUAAGAGUUAAUUACUGUGACCUCUCCGUUCAUUUUGUGAGCCAUCUCUUUUUAUUAUAUCUGCUAGAAAGAUUUUUUUUCCAAUCUCCCUAUUGAAAUUCUGUGACAGGCAAAAGGAAGCAUUAUAAUUCAAUACACAAAUCCUGCACUGAAGCCAAGGAAGGUGAUCAUGGCUCUAUCGAUCUUGCUAGAACUGAACAGCAUGUACUGUAAACAUAUACUGAAGCAGUUCAGGCAUCCUAUACUUUUGCUGCUGAACAAUACAACACAAUUUCUCAUUAUUGCAGACGCUGUCUAUUGUUUUUUACCCUUCAUGAAGCUGGACCGAUAGAAAAUUGAGAAGUCAUGACUUCCCAAUGUGGCAUUUUAAAUUUCACCAUAUCUUCUGAUCCCUUUCUGUGUUUCCAAAUUGUUGAUUUGUUCUCCAAAUCGCUCUAUCCUUUACUAUUGUUCCGAGCUAAAUGGUGUUGAAGUGCUGCUAAAUUUUGGGUUUUUCAUUAACAUUCAUGUUGAUUAAUCCCAUCUUCCUGACUGCAAGUCAUUUCCCCCAACCCUCCCCUCUGUGUCUCCUUUCAAGUGCUCCUCCUCCUACACCUGAGAUAUAAGUACUCUGCCAGUGUCUGGAAGAGUCUCAAGGCUUGGGAAAGGACUGCACCCAGACAAUCCUCUGCAAGACCAACAGAAUGGAGAAGACUAGUAAAAUGCAAGAAGAAAAGAACCUCACAGGAACCUUGGUUCUCUCUGUCUUCACCGCAGUGCUGGGCUUCUUCCAGUAUGGAUACAGCCUUGGUGUCAUCAACGCUCCUCAAAUGGUAAUAGAGGCCCAUUACAGCCGUGUGCUGGGCAUUGCCCCUAUUGACAGAAGUGCCAUCAAUUUCACAGACACGAAUGGAAGCAUGAUCUUCCCAGAUCUAGAAGAAUUGGAUGUAGGCAAAAGUACACUCACUCUGUACUGGUCCCUGUCUGUGUCCAUUUUUGCCAUUGGUGGAAUGAUUUCCUCUUUCACCGUUGGAUGGGUUGGAGACAAGCUAGGCAGAGUGAAAGCCAUGCUGGCCGUGAAUUUUCUUUCUAUCAUUGGAAAUCUCCUCAUGGGGCUGGCAAAAUUUGGCCCAUCUCACAUCCUUAUUAUAGCUGGCAGAGCAAUCACAGGACUGUACUGUGGGCUAUCGUCAGGACUUGUUCCAAUGUAUGUUGGUGAGAUAUCACCUACAGCCCUUCGAGGAGCCCUGGGAACGUUGCACCAGCUUGCUGUAGUCACGGGUAUUCUCAUCAGCCAGGUCCUUGGACUAGACUUUCUGCUCGGCAAUGAUGACAUGUGGCCUCUGCUUCUUGGUCUAUCUGGUGCUGCUGCUGUUCUUCAGUUUUUCCUGCUCUUAUUGUGUCCAGAAAGCCCUCGGUAUCUUUACAUUAAACUAGGAAAGGUGGAGGAAGCUAAAAAAAGCUUGAAAAGGCUCAGAGGAGACUGUGACCCCAUGAAAGAGAUCGCCGAGAUGGAAAAGGAGAAACAAGAAGCUGACAGUGAAAAGAAAGUCUCCAUCGGGAAGCUUUUCAGCUCUUCCAGUUACAGGCAGCCAGUCAUUGUGGCACUGAUGGUUCAAAUAUCUCAGCAGUUUUCAGGAAUCAAUGCAAUCUUUUACUACUCUACAAACAUUUUUGUAAGAGCGGGAGUUGAUCAACCCGUUUACGCAACCAUUGGUGUUGGUGUUGUGAACACUGUCUUCACCGUUAUCUCCGUCUUCCUUGUGGAGAAAACAGGGAGACGGUCCCUGUUUAUUGCUGGUUUGAUUGGUAUGCUAGCAAGUGCCGUAGCCAUGACAGUUGGACUUGCGCUCCUGAGCACUUUUGCUUGGAUGAGCUACGUGAGCAUGGUCGCAAUUUUUCUCUUCGUAAUUUUCUUUGAAGUCGGGCCUGGACCAAUCCCCUGGUUUAUUGUUGCUGAACUGUUCAGUCAAGGGCCCCGCCCUGCUGCCAUAGCCAUAGCUGGAUUCUGCAACUGGACCUGCAACUUCAUCAUUGGAAUGUGUUUCCAGUAUAUUGCAGAUCUGUGUGGCCCUUAUGUGUUCAUGAUCUUCGCCGUUCUGCUCUUAGGCUUCAUUUUAUUUGCAUACUUUAAAGUACCAGAAACAAAAGGAAAGUCUUUUGAAGAGAUUUCAGCUGAGUUCCGCCGCAAGAGGCGCUCAGCCGUAAAAGGACCCAAAGCUGCUACUGAACUGGAGGAUUUGCGAGGCAGCGAGGAGGCAUAAAAAACUGCAAAAUGUGUACCAGGAGGAGAUUAAAGAACAUAUAUUUUUUAACGCAUCUGAAAAAACCUUAGACAAAACACUGCACCUCAAAAACCAGUAGGUCAAAUCAGUAUCGUGCUUCUGACUGAUAUGCCUGGUAGUGUAUGUAUCCUACCGCCCCUGGCCCUGAGACUAACCUGACAUUACGUUCUAAGGGCUCAGUAUAUCUUGGUGUUGUCCUAAAAAGACACGGGAAAGAAUGGAAGGAAUAGAUACAGAUAAGCUUCCAUGGUGGACUGAAUUGAUUCAGUACAGUAACAAUCUUCAUUCACUGGAGACCGGUAUAGACUGACCAAGAGCAGAAGGGGCAAAAGAAAGAAAAGAGAGGCUGUGUGAUAAUUUAUUCUUAUGGAUGGUUUCACCCUGGGAAAACCAAAUGCUACUGUAGUUGUCAUAUUAGUAUAAAGACAUAACUAGCUGAAGGGGAUAAAUAUAAAAGAGUGAGUGAAUUUGCCACCUGAUCCUAGAGUGGUGUAGCAGUAUUUCCAUUACAAUUUGUUAGUAUUAAACCCAGCUUGUUUUAUUUGGUAUUUAAUAGCUACACACAUACUGGCUGGUCCCAUAAGGAUUUUUCAAACCAGUAACACACUUGAGGAAAGUCUCAUAAAUGCUGGCCAUGGUAUUGAUGUUUUGGGAAAAAAUAUCUAAUUUCUCUUUCCACUGCGGUCCUUUGCUUUAUCAUAUUUACUGCUACAGCCUGAAAGGUGGUACUAUAGUCUAGGGGAGAGGGCACUGAAUUAGGAGUCAGAAGACCUGGAUUCUAUGCCCAGCUCUGGCACAGCCUCCCUCUGAGACCCUAGGUAAGUCUUUCCACCUCUCUGCUGCUGUUUACCCUCCCAACCUGUCUGUCUAAGACUAUACAUUCUUUGGGGCAGGGACUGUUUCUUACUAUGUGUUUGCACAGCGCCAAGCACAGUGGGGUUGUGAGCUCCGUUGGACCUUAAAACACUACUGUAAACCAAACAACAAAAACAACAACCAGGGGCCAGAUUAAAUUGGCCUAGCACCAUUAACUUAAAAUGGCUUCCUGUUGACUUCAUCAGAGCUCUGUGACUUACACUAGCUGAGGCUCUGGCUGCGGGAUGGUCUAUGCUUAAGGACACAUUUAUUCAAAGGUGACCACAGAGGAUUUUUGAAGUCCUGGACAUAUGACUUUUCUUUUUCUUCUUCUUUUUCUGCCCCUUUUUUUUUUUUUUUAACUUUGGAAAUCUCAGAAAUAGCUAUUCUCUUCUUUUGAGGUUCUUUCACGGUGGUAUCUUGGGGGUGGAUUAAGCCAUCGGUCAGUCCUGGGGAAAAUACACUUUCGGGCCGUCUCAUGAAUAACAACAAACAGCCGUACAAUACGCUUAUCGAAUGCCAGGCUGGUCAUCCUGCUGCUGCUCGUGGUGCUACCCACCAUGCCAAAGAGGCAGCUGGGCCAAAUUUGAAUGAGUGGUGUUGCAACUCCCAUCCUGGUGAGCAGCACCCUGAACAGCAGCAGCUGAGCAGCCGGUCCUGAUGGAUCCAUAGCACGGCCAGCCCAACUGUGGUGAGUGUACUGUACAGCUGUUUGUUUGGGACUGGGAGCCCCCCAUCCCCAGAUACAUUUGGGUCCUAAGCACGUCCCCAGUUUGCCUAUACCUUAAUCUGGUGCUGGGUAUGUGAAUGCCUUAGGUUAAGGUUUUUGCUAUAGGGAUCUAUUAUUUAUUUAUACGUGAAGCACAAGGCAAACUUGAAUCAAUAAUGAUAAUAAAAUGUAAUUAGGAUGACUUUAGCUGAUGCCAUUAUAAUAAUAUAUAUGUACAGUGGAUCAAAUGGACAGAAAAACAUCAGAGAAUAAAUGGACACGGGUCAGAUCCUCAGCUGGGGUCAAUGGGUAUGUCAGUGAGCUACACCCAUUUACACUGACAGAGGAUCUGGCCUAUAUUUCUUUCCUCUCUAGCUUUUACUCCUUUGGUGCUAAGGCGUCAAGACAAAUUCUGGAUUCAUUGAAGACAAUAGGAGUUUGGUCACUGACUUCAAUGGGACCCAGAUUGGGCCCCGGAGCAUAUAUUCAGGUAAUGAGAUUAACACAAUCGGCUAAAUUCAUUCCUGGUGUAAUUCCGUUAUCUUGGCUGCAGUUAUACUGCAAAGGAAUUUGACCAAUGACUGUCACGUGAUACACUGAUCACAGGUAAACGGUAGCUGAAACGAUGCAUACAAGAUCACGUGAAAACCAGCAGUGCCAACUGUGAUACUACAGAAUAGGAGGUCAGACCUUAAAACACCUGUUCACAAGUAAAAUGGUAUAGAUCUGACAGGAGAUAAGAUUGCCAGUCAAGAGUUUUAUACAGUAUAUAUCACAGUAAGUUAAAUAUUAAAAUAGAUAUUGUGACUGCAAAAGAAAUUAGGCUUGUGCCUUCAGUGAUAUUAUCUUUGCCUGUUACAUAAAAGUGACCACGAACAAUGCUGUCAAUGUUUGUUGGCUUUUGUUGCUAUUUUCCCUCGGUCGGUCUUGACUUUGGGAGCUAGACCCCUUGAACGUAAGAGCUCUCAGGACGAGCUUAUUUAGUGCUCAGAUCGCCCUGUGUUGCAAUCACUGCACUGGCCCUGAGCAAACUGAUUUUAAAAUGUGCUGUGUAGCGGUUAGAGUACAGGACCGGGAGUCAGGAAUCCUGGGAGCCUGCUACUCUUGAAGUAAAUGGGAGUUGUGUGUGCCCUGGCUCUGCCACUGACUCACUUUGUGACUUUGGGUAAAUAAUGCUUGUUUGCCCAUCUGUAAAACGAGUACAAUACGUGGAUGCUGUGCAGCUUGAUUUAGUAGUAUUCCAAAAGCACUUCAAGAGCCUCACUGGGAAGGCGAAGUAUUAUUACAUUGAAAGCCUUCAUGGGGCUGAUACUAAGGCUAUGUCUUCACUGUAGAGUUAGCCUGGAUGAUUGGCACCUGAGUUAGCCUCGUCUGGGUGUGAGCGUCCCCACAGCAAAGCUCUACCUGCAUUACUGUGUCCUCACCAGUUCUGCACUGACCCAUGUGUGUCCCAUGGUUCUUUGUGCUGAGAUGUUCUAGGAUUCUUUCCCAAUCAACUGCAGUGGAACCUGUCUGUCCUUCAGGGGAAUUGUGGGACAGCACUGGAGAACUUAGCCUAUCCUCACUGCAAAGGUUCCUUCCAGACCCAGGUACAGCAGAGCACAGACUCUAACCCACCCCACCCGUCUCCCAGCUAGCCUGGGCUUAACGUACCUCCAAACUCACAAAAAGGGUUUUGUGUGUAGAUGGCAGAGGGUUGGUCUAAAACCCACAAAAGCAUUUGAGCUACCUCUGCAGUGAAGACAUACCCUGUCUUUUAACAGGGUGCUGCAAAUGUUUCAAGGCAAAACAAAACUAGAUUUUAGCAGGAAGAUGCUCUUGGAGACAUUCAUGUAGAUUGUAUAACAUGAGAUAACAAAUGUCCAUAGGCUUUUAUAUCACUUUCAGCGGAACUCUGUUCUGCUUUACGUAUACAAGUCACACUCUUUCAUAAAGAUGGAUGUCGGUGUUAAGUCAGUAUAAAACAUCACUGUCGACCGGAGCUAGUGUUAAAGUAGUGUUUUAGGGCUUGUCUACACCACGGCACUUUUGCCAACAAAAUACUUCCAGCCCUGCGAGCAGCGUUAGCUUUGUCGGAAGGAAAGUGCUCCUGCCGACAAAGCCACGUUCACACUGCCACUUGCGUCGGCAAAACUUUUGUCUUUCAUGGGGGGAGGCUUUUUUAAGUACCCGUGAAAGACAAAAGUUUUGUCGACAACUUUGCAGUGUAGACAAGCCCCUAGAGGUGAGAGGCCAUUUAUUACCAAUAAAUCCACCCAGUCCUGGGCUAUUUCUACACGGCCCCGUAAUUCAGACUAUGGAGGUGUGAACGGCAGUACACGCGAAAGUGCUGAAACUGCCCAGUAUGGACACUGCUGGCAUAGACUGUUUGAAGAAAACUACACUCAUGUGAACUUAGGUACCUUUUAGUUCACACCUGCAUUAUCCACAGGGUGGGAGUCGGGUUUACAGUGCAGCACUUUGGUACGUGCUGCAAUUCACACCCCUGUAGUCCAAACUACAGGGCUGUGUAGCCAAGCCCUUGGUUUUCCUGCAGGAAGAGAUUGUGUGUCCGUACAAGAAUGAUAGUGAAAGCGCUGAUUAAAUUAAUAUAUGUAUUAAAUUAGACUAAUUGAAAAAGCAUGUACUGAUAAAUGUAUACCUGAAUUUUAAGUAACAUCUAGCCAAAGAAUCAGAAAUCCUUUUGUAAAAUGGCUCCCUAAAUAGAACUAUACAUUAAAAGUACUUUGUAUUUUUAA